CUUAAGUUGGUGGAGGCGUAGUACCGGUAACUUCGAAUUGACACUAAUUCAAAUAAAAACGCUACAAAUCUACUUAUUUUCACGCCCAACUCAACUCGUCGUUUCCCCUUUGGAUUCCACUCGAGUGCCUGACCUGGUGCGCAAUGCCCCCAAUGGUCUUCUCAGUGGAUGUACAGUCCAAUUCAUCUUCACUUCCUUCUUCUGCAUAUUUGUUCGUCGAUGGAUUCAUGGUUGGUUCGUUGCCACAAUGUUUGACUGUUUAAAUGACGGAACAAUAUCAAUUCAAGCUAACUGUCUUGAUAUAGCUAAAUAUUUACAGAAUCAUGGAAUUUCCGAUCAGGUGGUUGAUAUUUUCACUAAAAACACAAUUGAUGGACUAUCAUUUUGCCUAUUGACAGAGAAAGAUUUACAAGAAAUGGAUAUAAAACAAAUUGGUGUAAGAAAACGUAUCUUAUAUCUUUGUUCAUUUUGGCGUCAACAAGUUGAAAAGCAACGUUAUGGAGAAUACACUUUACCCAGGAUAUCAAGCCAAAAUUCUCUUGUUGAUUUAUUAAACUAUCAAGAUCCUAAACUACUAGCUGAAUCACAUAUAUGUAAAUCCAAUGGUAAUAACAAUAUCGAUUGUAUAAUGGAGGGUUCUUUAUUAAAUGAUUCAGAUUAUGGAAUAGAUGAGGACAAUUCUAAUUCUUGGAAACUUAUAAUUAGUUGUUUGUAUUUUGUUUUUUCUACAUGUGUCACAGCAUUUGUCAUCGUUUUAGCGCAUGAACGCCUACCAGUUACAUCUAAAUACCCUCCACUUCCAGAUUUAUUUCUGGAUAAUCUACCUCAUAUAGGAUGGGGAUUUAUUGCAGCAGAGGUGGUUGGUAUAAUAUUGUUCAUUAUUUGGUCAACUAUUCUUAUUUUACACAAAUAUAGAUGGAUACUUAUGCGACGAUUUUUUGUACUUAUGGGGACUAUAUUUUUAUUAAGGUCAGUUACUAUGAUAAUAACUUCUUUGAGUGUACCUGGAUCACAUUUAUCUGAUCAAUGUAGUCCAUAUAUUGUCAAAGAUCAUUCACAACGCUUCCAACGUGUAUUAGAAAUAUGGAAAGGUCUUGGAUUAUACAUCACAGGGAUACAGACAUGUGGAGAUUAUCUUUUUAGUGGUCAUACAACUUGUCUUACACUUUUUAACUUUUUUAUCACUGAAUAUUCACCUAAAAAAUUGUAUCUUUUGCAUACUUUUUCAUGGGUUCUAAAUCUUUUCGGUGUAUUUUUUAUCCUUGCUUGCCAUGAACACUAUUCAAUCGAUGUAUUUAUAGCUAUCUAUCUUUCAUCAAGAUUAUUUUUAUAUUAUCAUUGUUUAGCUAACAGUAAUAUUCUACAUCUACCAGGUAAUGAACGUACAAGAGUAUGGUUUCCAUUAUUCUCAUUUUUUGAAGGCAAUGUCACAUCAGUUGUACCAAAUGUCUAUGAACUACCAUUUUCAUUUAAUUACUUCAACAAAUCUAAUCAUAAUGAUAUUAAUUCCACUAAUGGUGAUAAUAGUAGUAAUAGUGAUACAUACAACCAAAAUUUACAUAAAAAACAAAUGUUGAAUGAUCAUAGAAAAGUUAAUCAUUCUCUCCUUCGAAACUAUUACAAUGAAUAUUCAAUUCGUUAUCAGACACCACAAACAUUGGAUCUAAUUGUUACAAAAUAUGAGGAUAAUUUCAAAAAAAAGAAUGUUAGUAAUAUCUGUUUAGCUGUAUUCCAGUUCAGAAUUGUUCAACAUUAUUUUAUCAAAGUAACGGAUAAUAAUACUACAGUAAUAAGUGAAUUAUCACGAAAAGGUCGUGAAAGAAAAAUUCAAUAAGUAGACUGUCAUUUAACAAAAUAUCCUGUAAACAUGUAAUUGUUCACCAUGUCAUUUUUUUUUCAUAUGUAGUUAUCCCUACAGACAUAUACAUAUCACUAAUAUAUAAUAAACAUCAUUAUAAUCUUUUGU